UGCACACACCACUACUAUUUUAUUAUAUCAUGGCCAAGUACAAAAACAACAACAACAUCAUCAAGGACAGCAAGAAGAAAGGUGGGGGGGUGAAGCUAAAGAUUAUAAUUGAAAAGCUGCAGAAAAGUCUGUUACUUGGAAAGAGAUGGUCAAGUUCUUAUGACGUCCCAGAAGAUGUGAAAGAAGGCCAUUUUGCAGUGAUAGCUGAGGAUGGUGAGGGGCCAAAGAGAUUUGUGGUACCACUAAGAUGUUUGACCCACCCUACGUUUUUGAGGCUAUUGGAGCAAGCGGCCGAAGAGUACGGGUUUGAUCAGGAAGGUGCAAUUAGUAUUCCUUGCAGGCCCAGUGAGCUUGAGAGCAUAUUAUCGGAGCCAUGGCUUAAAGAAGGAGAAGAAGCUUAUGAAAAUUCUGGAGUUAGCUGGAAGUCUGGAACUCUCGUCAAGCCAUGCUUCGAAGCUCCUGCAUAUGAUACCAACAUGAAGAAACGGUUUUGCCAGUCUAGCUAAUCUUUUGUUAUGUCCAGUUUGAAUGAUUUAUUUUUCUAGAGUGAAAUCCAUCCAUCUGGUAGCUAGGCGUUGUCAACAUAUGACAUAUAGUACUGAAACCGAUGCAGUUUACUCAGAAGGGUUAGACAAGAUUAAUUUUGAGACGCAGUAUAUCUCAUUAUCAGUCUCGUCCAUUAUCUGUAAAAUUCAUGAUUAGCUAUGGGAGUAAAAUCUAGGCAAUCUACUUUUGGAACAAAGCUAGCCCUGUCUGCGAUAUCUCCUGUAACAGACUAUAUUACAGAAAAGAUGAUGCAAAGAUAUUAGAAUCAACAAGUUUUACAGAUUUA